AUGUCCCGCCUCCUCUGCCUGUCCGUCAUCCUCGCUCUGUGGUCGGCGUCGGUGAUCAGUAUGUCGGGUGAGUGAAUGGACGGAUCAUUUCAAACGGACCACAGGAACAUACAGGAAGCUAAAGUUUCAUAUUCAUCUGAAAUAUUAACUGUGGUCAAAGUUGAGCUGUAUUAUUAUUAUUAUUAUUAUUAUUAUUAUUAUUAUAACUAUUUUAUUAUUUAUAUUAUUAUUAUUAUUAUUAUUUAUUUUGUUGUUAUUGUAUUAUAAUUGUUAUAUUUUUAGUUUUAUUAUAAUUGUUAUAUUUUUAUUAUUAUUAUUAUUAACUUUAUUUUAAAUUUUUACUAUUAUUACUGUCAUUAUUACUAUUUUAUGAUUUAUAAUUAUUUUUACUAUUAUUAUUAUUAUUAUUAUUUUAUUGGUAGAAGUAGUAGUAGUUUUUUAGUUUUAUUAUUAUUUUAUUGUUAUAAAAAUUAGUAGUAGUAGUUGUAUUUGUAAUAAUGAUAUUGUUAUUAACUAAAAUAUUUGUUGUGUGGGUAACGGCUGUCGGCAGGACUGCAGGAGAGUCACUGAAACAAAUAUGAAAUUAAAAACUAUUUCAAAAUACAAAAUAAUGACAUUUUAAUUUUUCCUGAUUAUCUAUUAAAAUUCAUGAAUUGAUCAUGAUUGAAAGAUUAAAAGUGAUUUCUUGGCACGUCUUCACUUAAUUUUCUCCUUAUUUUUAUAAAGUCAGGAGAAUUUUUUUCUGCACUUUCUUAUUUAUAAUCCCAGAAAAUGUUUAUUCUUUUUACACUUAUAUAAGAGUUUGCAAAAGAAGAGAAACUUCAGAUUUAUUUUUAUAUUUUUGAUUUUAUGAUUUCAGAUGUUUAAAUUAUUUCUUUCAAACUCUGUGACUUAAAAAUCCUGAAGAAUAUUCAAGAUUCCUUUGAGCAGAUUAAUGUCUGAAUAAUCUCUGAGAUAUUCACGUUUUUAUAUCUCGUACUGAAGAAUCUAAAUCUGUGUUUUCCCCAAAAUAUUAUGCCUCCAUUAUAUAAAAAACAUUCUUCAUAUUAAGGUUUCAUUAUCUCAGAUCAUACCCGUCUUUGCUGAUUAUUUGUGAGUUAAAUCUUUCUUCUGUCUUUUGUGAGGCUCUAACCUCAGAGAUGCUGAUAUUUCCUCCCCUCAUCCAUUUUAGUUUCCCUCUGUUUUCAAACUUAGAGUUCAGUUCUUUGUCUUAAAGCAAUAAUCCCUCUAAGUGAGUAAAAACCUCCUCUUUCUCAGUGUUCUCGGACCCUCCGGAGGCUCACAUGCUGCUCCGCACUCGCAGGGCCAACUCCUUCCUGGAGGAGCUGAAACCGGGUUCCAUGGAGCGGGAAUGUGUGGAAGAAAUCUGUGACUUUGAGGAGGCCAGGGAGAUUUUCCAAGUCAGGGAGGCGACAGUAAGAAAGAUUCAUGUUUGAUUCGUGUUUUCAUAAAAUCCUGAUCCGGAAAUCAACUUGUUCUCUGACGGUCUCAGCCCCGUAGAGUCGUCUCUAACUCUCACUGUAAAUUCUUCGCCUCCCUGAUUUUGUCGUUUUGUUUGUUCACAGCUGGAGUUCUGGACGGUGUACUCAGGUAUGAAACCGUCAACAUGUGAAAUAAAGUCAGUAUCUGGGUUGGACCGGGCUUCAUGUUGACGUCACCUUGUUUCAGAUGGAAACCAGUGUCGCUCCAACUUGUGUGUCCAUGGUCGCUGCGUGGAUCUGUACCAGGACUACGCCUGCCGCUGUGAGCCCGGGUACGAGGGGAAGUACUGCGAGCACCGUGAGUCAGGCCGAAAGCCUAAAGAAGAUGUUUGUCUUAUAACCCACUUCCCUGCAAAAACCAGAGUCCUUAUGGUUGCGUUCCAGCUCAGACAGCCACGAACUGCUCCGUUGAUAACGGCGGCUGUGACCACGACUGUACGGAGAGCGAGGACGGGAAGUCGAGGAGCUGCAGCUGCGUGGACGGGUACAAGCUGCUAAGUAACUCCAAGACGUGUGAGGCGAAAGGUGAGAGGUCACAUGAGUUCAUGACCACUUCAUAAAGAUCACAUCAGCAGCCGUCAGACUCUACCUCCUUCAAAUUUGAGCUCAGAGUGAUCGACUAAACCUGUUAGCAGGUAAACGAUCCAGGAGCUGAUUCGACCUCCUUCAGCCUUAUUUACAAAAACACCUACAGCCUCGAACAAACUCAGAGUCAGAACAGAGUCUAACCCCCAGUUUUUACCGCAUCCGGAACGGCAUCGAUCCAGAACGGCGUCGAUUUACCCCCUCCGCCAAUUUCUACCGGAUCUGUUUGUGAGGCAAAUUUUGUGGCGGAUUAUUGACAGCUGUAAUCACGAGAACUCACAAGAACCCACAGAUUCACGUUCAAUCGCGGGAUAACGAGUUGUCUCUCUAACGACAGACACAUAGACAUAUAAGCAGUAGAUUGUGUCCUUCCAGAGGAGGAAAUCUACUUCUAGACUUCUAGAAUCAGCAUCUCCUCAUCCAUGGUGUCAUCGGGGUGAAAUGACGUCUAAAGACCUUUCACUUGUUCGUCUCCGCCUGUUGUUUUAUUUUGUGUCUGUGCCCGACUUUCUUUCCAGCACGGGUUAAUCUGUGCUGAAUUUGUCGGCGUCCGGAAAAAAUAGAACUCUUGUGAUCAGCUGUGGAAUCCAGCGACCCGCAGUGGAACGGAAAGAAGUCGGUGUAAAUUGACACGUUAACUUGAAUGGUUACGAUCAGCUACGAUCGGAGGAUACGACCUUUUAGGAGACGAUCAGGAUGAAGGUGGAGAUUGGGGGUUAAACUGGUUAUAAACUGAAUAAUUUGUCAUUAUUUGAUUUCGUUACUAAGCACGAAGGAUUCUCCCUCUCCUCUGGCCGAACGUACACUGAGAUUGAAUUUCGCUCUGUCAGGAUUAGAGCGCACAGAGCAGCUCUGAGCAGCAGAGAGUGGAUAGUGUGAACGUAUGAAUGUAUGUUCUGUGUGACAGGGUUACUCAGGCUAAUAAUUCACUUGUUUGUUAAUUAUGAGAAGCCCGGUCACAGCUUGAAUAUCAGACUUUACGAUCACAGUAACAGGAGCGUAUGUCCUGCCAGAAACCAUUGUUUUUUAUUUUACGAGAUCGUUGAACGGACCCAAACAUGACCUGGAGUAAAGGUUAGUACAUGUCUCUGCAGGUCGCCUAUCCUGCGGUCAGCUGCUGAUCUACAGGUCGUCAUACUCCGGACCAAUAGUAGGCCCGAUGCCCUGGACAGUGGGAGGGGAGGUGGGAAAGAGAGGCGAGAGUCCCUGGCAGGUAACUUCCCCGCUUACACUCACCUGUGACACACCUGUGUUUUACAGUGUCAGUGCACAAGGAUGAAGGGGUCAAAGGUAAAAGCAUGGAUGUGGAAUUCAACUUGAUACUGCAGAAGAAGAUUUAUGACCCGUGAUCAUUAAACUUAAGGAAAUAAAACUGGAGUGAAUCAGAUCCUGGUCCGACCAAAGAGAUGGGACAUGAGUAAAACUGUAGUUUUCUUGUCUCUGUCCGGACUUCUUUAAAUCAUGUUGUUGGUAUCAGAUUUCACAUGAUCCAGCAGAUAACGGAACAUUAAGUCUCGGUGAAUUUGUCUCUGUGUUCAGGUGUUGUUGCUGAACGCUCGAGGACGUUUUCAAUGUGGCGGUGUCCUGAUUGAUGAGAGCUGGGUCCUGACGGCCGCUCACUGCCUGGAAGACAACCUGAGAUUCAGAGUACGGCUCGGUGAGGAAAUAACCUUUCCCAUCUCAAUAUCGAAGUCCAACCAAAGCCAUCGAGUUUCUCCGUUCUGUUCAAUUUUGUUUUGCAUCUCCAUCCUGCUGCACACGGCUGCACUGUGCACUCUCAUCCUGAUGAGGUUUAUAUAGUUUUUAUAAAGAUAAUAAACUGAACAGAGCGGAGGAACUCUUGGUCAGUUUAGUUAAAGUUGUGGUGAACAACGAGAUGCUGUUCAACAACACGAUUCUGUCCACGAACAAGAGGACAGGAAGUUGGUAUCUCCCACCUUUACUUCCAUCGCUCCGGUGAAACCCUGUGAUGUGUCUCCUCAGGUGACUACGAGCGUACCAGGGAUGAAGGCAGCGAGGUAACUUUAAAGGUCAUACAGACCUUCAGGCAUCCGAACUAUGACCGCCUGACGGUGGACAAUGACAUCGCCCUGAUGCGCCUGGAAACGCCGGCCCCCUUCUCUGAUUACAUCCUCCCGGUCUGCCUGCCGGGACGUGAAAUGGCAGAGCGGGUGCUCCACCUCAACGGCACUCAAACCGUCGUGACGGGCUGGGGCAAGGACGACACGGAGAACGGUCACAUAAGCUCGGCGCUGAACGUCAUCAAAGUCCCGCUGGUGGACCGUGAAACCUGCUCCCAUCAGAUGUCCAACAACAUCUCCACUAACAUGCUGUGUGCCGGGAUCCUGGGAAAAAGCAUAGACGCCUGUGAAGGGGACAGCGGCGGACCCAUGGUCACUCUGUACCGGGAUACGUGGUUCCUUGUCGGCUUGGUGUCCUGGGGUGAGCGCUGCGGUCUAGUGGACAAACUGGGUAUCUACACCAAGGUGUCCAACUACAACCAGUGGAUCAAAGAAGUGCAGGAGGAAUGGGACAAAACUCACCACCCCAGUUUCUGA